GAGAAAAAGGAGACUGGAGAGAGAAACAGUAAAUAGGGGAGAGUGAGACACAGAAGGAAGUCUGAUGGAAACCAAUCCUGCUGUCACUUUGUUUUUUAUGGCUUUCUCCUGGUAUUCCUGGAGAUGCAGCAUGAUGUAGUUACAGGAGUUACCGCUUCGCUAUCUGUUCUUUCAUUACUUACUCCUGAAUGUUCCUUUGAAAAAUGGCUACUUCUGAUAACCUGUCCGGAGAGACCGUGAUUGUCCGACACAUCCCUCUGAUUCAUGGUCAGUCUGUGGGUUGUCACAUUUAUACCCCAGAAUCGAGACCGAGACGGCCCUGCUCUUUGAGUCUGACUCACAGUAUCUCACUGCCUGAAAGAGAAAACCUCCCAAAUGAAGCACUGAAUGGUGACUUCCAGGGUCGCACUAGAACGUCUAGCUCCAACGAAAGGGCAGGAAUCUCAGAUCCGGGUUCUGGAAACACAAGAGGAUACAACUCUACAGCUCUGUUUUGUCAUAAACGGUUUGUUAUUGAAUCAGAGGCUAAUGAGGCUGAGGAGAAUCGUGAUACAUACGCAAACAACCUGCCUAAGUAUUGUAAAGUGUACUCAUUUUGCCAGCAUGGAAAUUCAAAUGGGACCAAGGAUAAGACCUUGAGGUAUGCCACAAAGCCUUGGUCGCUUUGUUGCAGCCAGUGCACUGUCAGUACCACUGAAUGCAACCAUAAUAUUAAAAUUUUGGAGCAUUUUGGGACAGUCAGAAGUGACAAACAAAACCUUCCAGACUCAGGGCUGCAAAUUUGCAGGGACAGUGAAGACACACCAAUUUUAAUGGACUGUGAGGAGCAAGACUGGGCUGGAGAAAAGGACUGUGACGGGUAUGUUCAAAAGAAGGGAACUUUUAAGGAACAUGAGUGCUAUCACUAUGUUCCUAACAUAACUAAUGCCUUCUCAGAUUGUGAGUCUUUGAAUCAAAACCAGACUGAUUAUAUCAGUGAUUCUUCUUGCAACAGCUCAGAUGGGGUGCUAGUAAAUUUCAGUGCCAUUUAUAAUAAAACUAAUAAUGCAGUCCCUGCUACACCAUAUGACCUGGACAGUCCUGCCAAUCAGUCCCGAGGAUCAGGGUCCAUGCACCAGGAUGAAGACUUCAAGCUGAUUCCUUGCUGGUCUCCUGGUGGAGGUGAUCCAAAUUGUAACAUCUACCAGGCUGACUGUAACAGUUUGUCAUCUCAGGAAAUUUCUGAUCUCACUCCCUGUCAAGGUCAGCUGAACACAUACACCAGCAAUUAUUACAAGCUGGUGACCUGUGACCUCUCGUCUCAGUCUGCCGCUAGUCCGGCAUGGUCAUCUUUGACAAGUUGCUCAGAAGCUCACAGCCAUGGAAGCAUGACGCCACCCACAGAAUACUUUCUCUUCGGAAAACCAGAGACAGAGGAUGGGGAGGUGGUUGAAGUCAACCAAAGGGACCUCCAGGCUGAUAAGGACACAGAACUGAAGAGAAGCAAAAGAACCAGGAAGAUUUCAAAGGGAAUAAAUGAAAGAAAGACUCGCAGUAAGACACAUCAUGACAAGUGCAAAGAUCUAGAACCCAAUAGCCAUGAACACACCAGUGCUACAGGAGUAUCUCAGAGCUGGAAUAACAAACCAUGUCAUUCCUUAACAACGCAGGAAGGCCUGCGCCGUGUGCUGAGUUGUCCAAGCCAGAUAAGUGUACCCUCACACAUGCUGAAGCAGCAUAAAACCUCAUUUGCAGAGCUCGCCCACAACAAAAAGAGUGAGAGAAGUCCGUCAGUGGUGAAAAACAGCAAGGGAGAUCCUACUUGCUCCCAGGUCUCCCAGAACAUUUCACCCAUUCAAAGGAAACAUCCUUUGGGACAAAAUGUAACCUUAAUCACAAGCAGGAGUGAGAAGGAAUCUGGGGGCUCUGAAACUGCUGGCACACCACCAUUGGGAGUUCCUGAAUCAUGCCUAGAAGUGGUGCAUUACACUAAACCACAGAGACCUACCUCUCUACCCAUCCAGCCCUUUGUCCUUCAACCACCAUCAGGAAAGCAAUCAAGCAAAGCCCUGGCCUCCCUGAUAAACCAUUACAUGAGCCACAAACAUGGUGCAUCCAAAGGCACUGACCUGCCCAGCCAUUUAGCACCCUCACCUUUGGAGAACUAUUCUUCCAUUCAUCUAGAGGUAACCUCAUGCUCUGAUACCUGCUCUACCUGUACCCCAACCACGAUUGAGCCUCACAUUCGGCCCCAUUGGGCUCCACCCAGCCCACUGUUCUUCCAGGCUCAACCAGACCUUAAAUACAGAAGUACAAAGACCGUAGAACCCAAUCUGCCUAAUAAAAGCCCAGGAGCAAAUGAUACUUGCUUAGAUCAAACCUAUCCAACCCUUAAACCAGGCGUGACAGGCCAGGAAAAGACAUCUCUCAAAUGUUUUCCCAAUAAACAUUUACAGAGCUUCCUUCCUGAGCAAGCUGGCUCACAUCAGACACCUCCAAAAUGUCUACUACCAGAACCAAGAAUGCAAGAGGAGAAUGUUUUUCCUCAUUAUAGCUUGUCCCCAGCCAUUACCUCGGUGACAUGCCUGACCUCUGACAACACCUUUAUACUUCCUGGUGCUGGACGAAACAACUCAGAUGCUGUUCUUCAAGCCCACACCAACGAGAAGCUCUUCGGACCAAAAAAUCUACCCUGCUUCUUAGUGAAAGAACAACAUCAGCAUGGUGACUCAUCCUCUCUGGCUGACAGACCGCCUGAAGAGUUCUGCUCAUCACCAGAUCCCUCCACUAAAUUACUUCCUAUUGAUCUGCUGCAGAGGAAAGACAUGCUGAAAUCUCUGAGCGUAGCAGUGGAUUUGAUCACAGCCCACUUCAGCUCCUGCACAGACCCUAAUGAGAAGUUUAGACUGGGGAACAGCUCACUGUGUCCCAGAAUCAGUCAACUGGUCCUAGAUCAGCUUUGCCCUGCUUUCCGGAACAUUCUCCAGGACGGGUUGAGACCCUUCAAGCUGGAUUUGAUUGUUGGACAACGCAGUAAUAAGCCAUGGAGCGUGGUGGAGGCAUCAACGCAACCAGGCCCGUCCACCCGCAUGCUGCACAGUCUGGUCUCAGUUGUUAAGAAGUGCUCAAAGUUGACCAAUCACACUAUGAGGCUUAAUGCCUUCUUCUUAGGUCUACUGAACUUGUCUGCUUUGGAGUCUUGGUUUUGGCACUUGCACACCUGUGUAGAUGUGAUUGCAGAGUACUACCACCCCUGGGCAUUCCUGGCCUUGUCCCAGGAUCCAGCAUGUAAAUCUCUGUUUCAGGAGCUCCUCCUCCUGCUGCAGCCACUGUCUGACUUGCCCUUUGACCUCCACUUGCUCUCUGAAUCAAGGCUCCAGAGGAGACAGGAGCAGAACCAGCCAUCCGUCCAACAGUCAAAGUUUCUUGCCCUGUCUGGCUGUUCAUUUCUAAAGAUUUCUAACAGGCAGAACAGUGAUGGACAACCGGAAAGAUCUAAAUUGAAGGAGAAAAGAGAACCAUGCACUCCUUCUCAGACGGAAAUCCAUACAUCCUGUAGCACUAACAUACACAAGAUCCUCCCAGGCUGUGCAGUUACAGUUUCUAAACAGUCCACCCAAGAACCGGAGCAGAAAUCAGUUUCAUUUGUUUGCUCAAAAAAGAAGCAUGCUGGAUGGUGGCUCAGCCAGACACCCAUCACUGAACGUGUGAUGGAAGCAGAUUGCUCUGACACCAUUCCUCAUGUAAGAAAUAAUGAGACAUUGGUGGAAAAUGGGGUUAGAAAGAGGGAAGAGUUCUCACUGAGGACUGAUGAGGUCAAACCACCAAAGGAGCUGCGCUGGGCCCGAUUAUUUGGUUCUGGAAUCGGCAGUCCAGUGGCAGUGGAAAAGGCACGAGGACGCAUCAAGCAAAACCAGAGAAUCAGGCCACCUUCACAAUGGCUCCAGCUUGGAGCAUCAAAGAUGGACCAGCUGGCCAAGUCUAUGUGGAGUAAAGAGACGAGCAGAACCUUGUGUCAACUGCAACAACGGCCCAAACUCAAGCAGUGAGAACACUGAUAAAAAGCUAUGUGGACAAGAAGUGUGAAGAGAAGCACAAUCACCUACAAGCCCAAUUAACCUAAAGCGGUAUUUUACUGAUGUUUGGUUUAAUGUAGUCCACAAAAAAAAAGCAUAGCAGAAUCUUCUGUAGGUAUUAAAAUGUAUCUGUUAUGUAGUCAGCUUUUUCAUCAUUCCCUGCAUCUUAAUAUCCAACAUUUCCAAAACAUUUCGAAGUUGGCGAUAGUACACAUUGUUUAACUUUAGACAAAUCUUACAUAACUAUUCCAAAUCAAAGGUUUCCAAACUUGUAUAGUUUAAGGCUCACUUUGUGGAUAGUAAAUGAAAAUGCACUGCUAGCACAUAGUUAACACAUAAAAACAUCUAUGACUCUUAAACAUGUACCAUAUUUUUUAGAUUUAGAUUAGUAGAGUUAAUGAAUUGACAAAAAAAUAUAUUAAAUAUGUCUACAUAGCAGGGGUGGAAAAUACUUGAGUAAUUGUACAUUGUUACUGUAAGUACUCUUUUGGAAGAGUUGUACUUGAAUUGAAUACUUGAACUUUUACUCAAGUACUUGAGUACUUUUACUCAAAUUUUUUUUUUUAUUGCUUAUAUUAUUAUUUUCACCUUCAGUGUACUUGUUACAAAUCUCAAAAUUUUUCGUAUUUUUUCCUAUUUCAUUUUCCUCAUAAUUUUUUAUUAUUAGUAAGAUGGUGUCUCUGGCCGGAUGAGAUUUCCCUUCUCGUAAAUUUGAAAUAUCAAUCUUUAAUAUUUGCCAUCAAACCUAAUAUGUACUGUAUGUUGAGUUAACUUUAGAAUUUUUAAAUUUAGCUAGUUCAAUUAGCUAGCUGGUUAUUUCAUACAUUAGUUUGUUAAAUUACCUAGCUACGUUUUGUAAAUUAUUUUGUUAAAUUAUCUAUUUAGUUAAAUUUCAUAUAUUAGCUUGUUAUAUUAGAUAGUUAGUUAUGUUUUGUACAUUAACUUUUCAGUUAGCUUCAGUUAGCGCAGUUUUUUUGUUUGUUUUGUUUUGUUUUUGACAGUGUGUCUUAGCAUUCAUUCCAAAAAUGAAUUUAAACAUUAGCUAACCAAUAAGCCAAAUUCCAGAUUUGUCUGAGUUAGCAGAAUAUUUUCCUUAUGACUGAUUUCUCAGUGAAUUACCUAGUCAUGUAGGAUCGUUUAAAUGUAGGAGUAUGUUUCAAUGUAGAUACUUUUUGACUUUCAAUCAAACAUUUUUUUGCCUCCAUACUUCUACUUUUAAAUAUUUUGCCACUGUACCUAUACUUUUACUGAAGUACAGUUUCUCUUCACUUUUCUCCACCCCUGCUGAGUAGAGAUACACCUGUUCUAAAGUAUUCUAAAAUUAGAUUUCUUGCCAAAUUUGAGAUAAAUGGUGAACUCGUGAAAAAUUCACCCCAUUGACUAAAGAACCAUUUCACUGGGCAACAGUGAACUUGAAAUUAAAUGCAGAUCUCUAAAAGCAUCUGCUUCUAGCGGCAAAAACGCAAACUACAUGUUUAAAGGAAUAAAAACAUUUUUUUCAACCUGAUCUCUAUCCAUAUGUAAUGUAUCUGUAAUUAGAAUUUCCACAAAUUUCUCUGUACUGAGAAUAGAUCAGAAAGCCUCUUUACGCUGAACUCAUUUAUAAUGAAUGUCUAUAGUGCACUUGUUGGGCAGUCACUAAACAUUUCUGUGUGUUUGUAAAUUAAUCUCUAAACCUGUGUAGUUAGUUUUGUCAGACAAUAAACUGAUUUCACAGUUCUCUGCAGUAGAUUCAGACUUUUGGACCAUGCAUUCAACUAUAGUAUAGAAAAGUGCAUUUCCUGGAAAAAAAAAAUGCAGAGUGACAGCACAGCAUAAGCAAGUCGCCCAAUGAUGCUAAGAAUUUGCUAGGAUUUUCCUAGGUAGUUCCUAUGGUAUUCCAUGUUGUUGGUAUGUGGUUGGUAGGUUGUUGCUACGUGCUUGCUAGGGUGGUUUCUAUGGGAUCUCAAGUGGUUGAUAUGGUGUUGUUUUCUGGGUGUUCUGGUAUUCCAAGAGAUUGCUAGGGUGUUGCUAAUACAUCAUUUUUGACUGUGCAUUCGUGCCAGAAGUAAGGAACAUGGACACCUUUGAUUUGAUGUCACUUGCUGAACUCGGGUAGAAAAGAACUUCCAGGGUUUCCAAGUAGGAAUUCCUAGUUGAAAGAGGCUUUUAUUUGGUCAGAGGUCAAAAAUUCUCAGUGACAAUUUUAGCUGUACACAGCAUAAGCUGUUGCUAUUGUUGCUCCGGUGUUGCUAAAUGGUUGCUAUGUAAUCACAGCCGGUUGCUAGGGUUGUACCAGUUGUCCCAGUGUUCCCCAGCAUGACAAUUAUACAAACUACUGUAUAUGCAUCUAUAUUAGAUAGCUAUAUAGAUAUUUUCCUUCAAAGCAUGUAAUCCAUAAUUAGUUUUUUUUCUAUAAGACACAUAGAGUGAAAGGUACAAGUAUCAAUAUUGCAGGUUCAGUAUUUGAAGAAAUGACUGUAGCUUUCUAACGAAUGAUGUUGCUCUAUGCAGAAGUGUGACCUCUGACCUCCAAGAAUGACACAGUAGAGGAGAGUGGGGCAUGCUGUCACACUUUUCAUUGUUUUUUUUUUUUUACAUUUCUUUCAGUGUAUUAAAAUGUCAUACCAAAUGAAAGAAUGUCUCAGUCUCAGGCACAUAUUUUCUAUUUAUUAUAACUUUAUAUCUUAUUUACGUACAGUGUUAUAGACAGUUCAACAGAGGGUGUGACAAAUUGCCCCGCUCUCCCCUACAUUCAUCUAUGGAACGUUGUCAGAAGGAACGGUAUAUAGUGUACAGGUACAUUUUGAUUCCCAAGGUACAAGCAGUGAUCCUUAGUGGUCCUUCCAAUUAUAAUUAUAUAAAAAUAAUUAUAUACCAUAAUGAUUUUUAAAGUUGCUAGUGUUUGUACUCUGAAAGAACCAGUUUCGUACCAUUUUGUUUGAGAUGAAGUGGUUGAUAUGACGAUAUGUUUACACUAUGACAAGCUUUUCUGACUGUAUUGAAGUUGCCAUCAGUAAUGACCAGCUGUAAAGGAAAUUACUUGAAAAGUCCAGUUGACUAACUGUUUCAUAACAAUAGAGAUUUUAGUCCCAUCAUAACCACAAACAAAUAAAACCUGAGUAAUAACAAAUAUCUAAUUGGAUGAAAACUUUUAUCUCAUAGUUAUAUUUAAAUUUUAUACCAUAUCGCUGCUGAGGUCUGGAUUCUGAUUGGUCAGAAGAUGUUGAUUAAUUUUCUAUAACAGCAGCACUAAUAACAGUGCAGCUGCAAGACACAAUUUUAUAUUAAUGUACUCGUUCUACUAAUACAUCAGUUCAUCAGUUCUCUAGUAAUAGCUUACACAAGGAAUUGUAUGGUGGACGCUCCACAUUAACAGAUUAAAAUAUGUGUGUAGUUGUUGAUAUGAUGCAGUUUUCUGUAAGGUGAUGUUUAUGUACUAUUUAUGAAAGGAGUCUCCAGUGUCGGUGCUUUGUAAGAGUCAGCGGUAAAGCUGUACGUUUUACGACACGGGAAAGUCUUCACGAAAAAAACAUGGAGUUUGCAGUUUGCAGGUUCGUGGUCACGUGACAAGGUGUGUUUUGUUUUUGUCUUAUUAACUUCAAGAGAGCCUGGUAAAGAAACAACUGUUUACAGCUGCUAUAAUGAACUCAUUUCAUGGGUAUUCUGCAACACUAAAUGUAACUAAAGUGGAUAAAAAGUAUGACAUGUCAUUUAUUAAUUGAUUAAAAAGUGUAAUUGUUGGCAAUUUUCUGUGGUAUAAGGGAAACACUUCAGGAUGUGCUGUUUUUGGAAAAUAGUCAACUGUAAGUGUUUUAUUCCUUCCAUAUGAUUUACUUGUUCGUUUUUCUUCCUGAUCCCUAAAACGUUUAAAUAGUGACAAUAUUAAAACAAGAGUCAUUAACCUUAGAUAUUCAUAGGAACUAAAUAUCAUGAAUCCCAUUUAGUUAAAAAUGCUUUAAUUUAUUUAAGUAUUAUGAUUUUUAAAAGUUUUAUUUUCCAAUAUCUCCUGCCACACU